AUCAUCGCGAGUCUUGGCAGGCUGUUUCACGUUCGCUGGAUUUAUUUCGUUGGUGAAAUCGAUCGAAGAAGCACGCGCGCCGCCUCCGCGUAUAUCGUUUCGGCUGUAGGUUCGUUGUUGUGAUCUUCGCCGUUUCGGGCCGUUGACGCUGCAAGUAGGACUCUCCACUGUCCGGCCGCUGUUGGUUCAUUUGUGCGUGUCAUUAGACAUCGAUCUUUCGCGCUCUCUUUUGUUCGCUUUGAACCAGCCCAUUCCCAUUCCGUGUGCAUGAAGGUGAAGUUACUUAGGAACCGGAAGUGACUACGUGAGUUUUUGUGGUGCGUUUUUUUUCGGAUAAUUCCUCUGGAUACACGGAGGAGAAAUCGAACGGUGGUGAUUAAUUCUUACGGCUGAAAGUAAACAGGUUUUAGGUGAUUUUUCGGUACACAUGGUGAAGUUGAUUGUGGUGUAGAAAGGGAUGCGAUCGUUUCAUUGGCACGACUGAGUGAAAGGACUGUUUUGGAGAAAUUGUAGUGCUAAAUUUUCAUUGCUGGCCGAAUAUUGGAUGAAAGGUGAAUGUGAAUGUCGAAUUUAUGGUGUGAAAUGAAUUAAUAUAGAUGCUUCAUGGUUGAUAUUUAAGGUGAAAACUCAAAACCGGAUUAAAACGAAAACUCCAUACAGGAAUUAAACGAAAACUCCGCUUGUGGCACACAUCGACAUACAGAUUUGCUUGAGAAUCACACUUCUGCAUAUAUGAGUAGUGCGCAUUCCUGGCCCAUAUUAAAAUCCUGCCCAGCUGAAAGCGUAACAUACACCGUCCUUUCAUCUCAAUGAACCCGCUGAGCAACGACAGCGCCGAGAAUGGUUUCAUUCGUGCAUUGAGGGCACUCCAAACGGAAGCAUUGGAUUCCUCGACUAGAGAAUAGAACAACUGGCAUACAAAUUUGCCCACCCUACUAUCACUAUCCACUUUCAACUUUUUAUUACCGGAUACCACACUCGUCUCAUAUAUGAUGAACACAAAAAGAAAACAGCCCACCCUGUGGCAAGCACACCUACUCGGAACUCUAGCUCUUUUAGCGGCAGGAGCAGCAAACAUGCCGUCUACGCGGUGUGAAACAUUGCCGCAACGCAGCACGGCACUGCGGAACGAAACAAUCACAACCGUCCCUCCGCCGGUGACGGAUCAAACGAAUGAGCUGCAGGAGUUCGAGAACAUCCUCGUUAGUUACGUUGACGAUGCCUUGGAUCGUAACUAUAGGCAAAUUUUGACGGGACUGAUUUCAUCGAACGUGUCGUCCGCUGCGAGGUUAGCUUCGCAGGAUCCAACAGAACCGAAGAACACACGAAGUCUGAACAUGUUCGGACUGUCAGAGUUUGAUUUGAAAAUAAUAAACGGUGUCGCAGGGUACGUCGACCGGCGGUUUUUCGGAAGCACCAGCAGCAGCGGCAGUACCAUGUCACGGGCAGUCCAAAAUGGGCGGCUGUUUUUCUUCAAAGGAUUGAAGAAAAUCAUGUGGCCACUGUUGUUUGGAUUGCAAAUUGUUAAAACUGUGCUGCUGGUGCUUUUCCUGCCUAGCAUAAUCGGGUCGUUUGGAAAAAUUCUCGGAAAAGGUUUAUCGUCGGUGUCCGGCCUGUCCCACCCUGCCACGACCGUUGAAGAUUUGGACUUCAAAGACAACUCGUACAACUCGGAUCAGGAUUUCCAUAUGACGAUGGAAAACAAUGCCUACCUGCCCCCGUUGGAUUCGCAGCCGGCGGCGGGAACGAGCUACAACGCAAUGAUUGACGCGAAUAACGCCAACGCAGCCCUGUCGAGGUUGGGCUUCGGUGGGGGCCGCGUGACGUACGUCAAUACGGUCAACGAUUACAAUCGGCAGCAGAAGCGAAAUGAUUUCAAAAUAUUCCACGAUAUUCCCAGCAGUAGUUUGCUGCUGACGAAUUAUGAUCCGUUCUACAGUCCGCUGCUGUCACGGCUGGAUGCAGUUUUCGCCCAGAUGGGCCUAUCGAACAAGGAGGAAGCGUGCCGGGAGAAGCUGGUCUGCCUGAUGUACGCCAAUCCGGCGAAAUACGCACCCUACAGUAAUCUGAUAUCGGCGCAGCUCAGCAGGGAACUGAACGAGCUGCGCAAACCGACCAAUGACAAUCCGGACAUAAUGCGAUUUUUCCGGUACAUGAAAGCUGCCAAGGACGGCCAGGACGGGGUGGACUGCGAGCAGACGCACAAGGAGUGCAUCACCUAUAAGGACCUCUCGAAUCCGGCCAUGGUCACCACGUUCAACGACAUCAACAAGCUGGUUCUAGCGAGAAACCUGUAGGGGUAGGAUGGGGAAGCAUUUCCGAACACUGUACGCACCAGUACGCGCUAGUGAGAACAGAUUAGAUUUCAAAACAACGGCUGACGGCAGGAGUGGUGGGAUAUAGUAAUCAACAAACGGUAUCUAAGGAACUAGUAACGAGCUGGGUCACAGGGAACAACAGGGGAAAUAUCAAAAACUUUUCGCUAGAUUGUAUCUCAACGAGAUGAUUCGGUAGUGGAAUCGGGAUACGCAGCGGGGUAAAUCGAUGAUGGUUCGAAAGUCAUGGUUUUGUUAUGGUGACAUCGAUUUUCGGGAAAAACUUUCACACUUCCCCCUGCUCCGAUCGAGGGUGCUUGCGUGUUUGAGAAGGGUGGCACUUUGGAAGAAUAGACUCAGAUAAGUGUAGUUCCAUUCGCGAACAUGUCCGCAUAGAAUACAAAUAACUCGCUUGAUGGCUCUACCAGAGUGAGUUUAGUUUUAAUUAGUUAGUUGAAAUGUGCCUGUAAUUAUAUGAUUGUAUUAUUUAUUUAUCUAUUUAUAAGAUAGUAGUUCAUUGGAAUAUUUAUUUAUUUAUUUAUUUAUUUAUUUAUUCUAAUUAGAGAACUGUCUUUAAAAUCUGCUUCCCCCAAAUGAUUGUAACAACUCAUCUUCCACAAGCUGUUAUUUAAGUAGAACUAAAUCAAUUUACAUGGCGUUAUUAUUAGAAACGAUAGAAAUCCUCAGAAUGUUGAUACAGUGUGUGUAUGCGUGAAAUGCGUAGGAAGCGAUGUGAUGAAAAUUGAGCCGUUGUUUAAUUACUGAUUACUGAUGUUCAGCUGAUUCGACUUUGGAAUCAGAAUAACUGUGCAGGGUCAUAUCUUGA